UCGAACGUCUUUUCCGCUAAUUCUAAUCAGCUGACCCUCUAUGACACAUCAAAGUUUAUGUAAUCAAGAAGCCACGGAACACAAGUAUUCAGUGAGUAAGAGACAUUCAGCAAGGAAACAUGGUCUUCAAGCAACUUCAUAUUCUCGUCUUUCUGCUGGUAGGCGUAUUCUUCGCCUCUGCACAGCAUGUCAAGGGAGGUCGUUAUCAGGAGACUUCAAACGAGGCAGGAUACUGCUACAAAAGGAUUCCGUAUCACCAGGCAUUAUCUCAAUACAAUCAGACAGCGAGCAAGACACCAACAGGAUAUGGGCAGCCUACCAGGCCCCACUGGAAUGAUACGGACAGCAGUGGUUACGUGACAGUGCUGGAUUGCUGUGAGGGCUAUCGAAAAAAUCCAGCCACAAAUCGUUGUGAGCGGAACCCUGGUAGCUCCGGUAGCUGUGCGCAAGGUUGUUUUGGUGGUCGUUGUGUCAACGGGGUUUGUACCUGUGACAGUGGCUGGAUACUCUCUGAGGGGAUCUGCAAACCUUACUGCAGAAAUCCCUGUCCAACAAAUGCUUACUGCUUCGCCCCCGACUACUGCGAAUGCAAACUUGGAUGGGAGAGAUCAGCUAGUGGCCGGUGCGAACCUGACUGCCCUGGUGGAUGUGUCAAUGGUGACUGCGUUGCACCGAAGGUCUGCCAAUGCCGCCCUGGCUACACUUUGAAUCAACAGAUGCAGAGGUGUGAACCCAUUUGCGAAGGAGGAUGCCCACAUGGAGAGUGCACAGCUCCCGGAGUUUGUUCCUGUCAUCCAGGAUGGUAUAAUCCGCCUGGCGACCGUGAGACCUGCCAAGCUGAUUGUCGACCACUAGGAUGUCACAAUGGCCAAUGUAUCUCGCCAGGAAUGUGCGUCUGCAACAUAGGCUACGUCAAGAAUUUGGCCAAUAUCUGUUCGGUUGAUGUGACUCAAUGUCCUAGAGGAUGUCCUGAAAAUGCAGGUUGCAUUGCUCCCAAUCUUUGUGUCUGCAAUCCCGGUUUAGUGAUGAAUCGUGAUAACCGGUGCGUCCCAGUUGGAGGUUCUCCGGCUGGAGGUAUCCGGCAACCUGGGUCAGGUGAUUACACUCGGCCCGGAGGUCACCAGCAGUAUCCAACAAACUAUAAUCAGUCUGGAAGUCAUCAACCACGUCCAGGGGAUUACAAUCAACCGGGAGUUUAUCGCCCCGGAGAUUACAACCAGCAGGGAGGCUAUCCAUCCGGAAGUAAUCAGCCUGGUGUUUAUCACCCUCGACCCGGAGACUAUAAUCAACCUGGAGGUUAUCCAGGAAACAACAACCAACCAGGAAGUUACGGUGAAGUCAACUGUGAACGUCCCUGCGUCAACGGUGUCUGUAUGGGCUACAACAUUUGUAGUUGUAACAAUGGCUAUGAGCAGGAUCCCCUUGACACAACUAGGACACGUUGCAUACCAUCCUGCCCUGGCGGCUGUCCCAAUGGCUCAUGCUCAGCGCCAAACCGCUGCCUCUGUAAUCCCGGUUAUGUGAAAGAUAGAAGUGUUAAGGGAAGUCAGAGGUGUAUUACUAGACAGGACUAUUAAAUAAAAAUUAAAUCGAUCAUCGAUGGAUGAAAUUGAAAGAAUAUGACGUUGUUUCGGGCAAAUUGGGCCCUGUCGAAUAAAUAAAAUGGACUAUGAUAAUGAAA